AUGGAGGGAGGGACGCCGUCGGCCGAUCAAAACGUGCCGAGAGACGACAAGGAGCCUCGUGUAUCCUCAGCUCUCUGUGAAAGUGAAUGCAAUGCAAAAGUUCCUCCAGUUUCCAUGGACAGGGUCCUGCCUGACGACCUAUUCGAACAAAUCCUAGCCCGCCUCCCGUUCGCAGACAUCGUCAGAGCAGGCGCCGUUUGUACUCAGUGGCGUGGAAUUAUUACUUCCGAGACUUUCCGGAAGAAACUGUUGCACGGUGUAUCGCAGAGACCAUGGAUACUUAGACCACCCGCAUAUGCUUACGACCCGGUCUACAACCUCUGGUACAAGCUUGAACGACCCGGAUUCAAAUCAUACUAUCGAUCCGUCAAGUUUGCAUCUUCCACUGGCUUGAUUUCUGUAUUCGAAGUAGAUGAAUGCGGUAUCCCCAGGUUAUGUGUCGGCAACCCCCUUACGAGAAGAUGGAGAGAAAUUGCACGGCCCCCCCCAAGUGUAAAAUAUGUGCAUCGCACCACCCUCGCGAUCUCAGCAAGUAGGACAACACUAAGUUAUAAAAUCUCGAUCGUGACUACAAAUGAUCUCCCUGGAGUUCAGGUCGGACCGGAACUUUGGAUUCAUCUCUACGAUUCCGAAACAAGGAUGUGGAAGACUUGCAUGACAGAGGUCUCGAGAGGUUGGAAAAGCGGUGACGAGAGUGCAAUCUGUGAUGGGGUUCUGUAUUUCUUAAUUUAUUCGGGGGACCAUGUUUCACCUGCAAUCAGAUGUGGCCUGGUGAUGUACGACCUCUCCGGACAAUGUUCCGACGACCCGUUAGCAAGCUUUGUUGUGGUUUCUUGCCCUCUCGCCGGUGGACGUCUGCUGAACAUGAGGGAGAAGCUAGUCUUGGUCGGGGGUAUCGACAAAGGUGAUGGGGUCGGCAUUUGGGUCUUGAAUGGCAGGGAGUGGCACGAGAUUGCUCGCAUGCCUGAUGAAAUUUUUCUAGGAUUCAGACCUUAUACUUGGUUAGAUAGCUAUGGUUCGAAUGAUCUGAUAUACUUCCUGAGGGGAUAUGAUCCUUCUCACAUUGUUACUUUCGACAUGAACCAGAAACAGUGGUCGCGGAACAGCUUUGCCAAGUUCCCUUCAGAGGGCUGGCCCGGUUUUUGCUUUGAACCGCAGCUAGAAAUUGUUCCAUAA